CCCCGCCCCGCCCCGCCCCGCAGCCCGGCUCUUCUCUCCGCUGCAGCCCGGGAUGGCGCCGCGGCGGGGCUGAGCGGGCCGGGCCGGGCCGGGCCGGGGCCGGGAUGGACGGCCCGAGCGGGGGCUGCCCGCCCCCCGCCACCGCCGCCCCGUCGCGGGCGAAGCUGCCGCUCGGCAUCGUCUUCUCGACGGCGCUUUUCUGCGGGGAGGGGGCGGCGGCCGCCGUCCUCUGCCUCUCCUACAGCCACUCCGACGACCGCUUCUGGCUGGCGCUCACCGUCUUCUUCGUGCUCUGCCCCUCCGUCCUGGUGCAGCUCACCCUCAUCUUCGUGCACCGCGACCUCAGCCGCGACCGCCCGCUCGUCCUGCUCAUGCACUUGCUCCAGCUCGGGCCCAUCAUCAGGUGCAUAGAGGCCCUGGUGGUGUACUGCUGGUCAGGGAAGGAGGAGGAGCCCUAUGUCACCAUCACCCGCAAGCGGCGCCUGCGCAAAGGCUACGAGGUGGAGAUGGAGCAGGAGGUGGGCCACUCGGAGCGCCGGCUGGCCACGCACCGCAACGCCUUCAAGCGCAUGGCCGUCAUCCAGGCCUUCCUGGGCUCCACCCCACAGCUCACCCUCCAGCUCUACAUCAGCGUCCUGGAGAAGUAUGUCCCCACUGCCCGAGCUGUCCUCAUGGGCAUCUGCCUGGUGUCGGUCACCUACGGGGCGCUCGUCUGCAAUAUCCUGGCCAUCCAGGUCAAGUACGAUGACUACAAGGUCCAGCUGCGCCUGCCGGCCUUCCUCUGCAUUGUGCUGUGGCGCAGCCUGGAGAUCUCCACCCGCGUGACUGUCCUCGUGCUCUUCAGCACCGUCUUCAAGCACUGGAUCAUCCCCAUCGCCCUGGCCAACCUGCUGGUGGUCUUCUUUUUGCCCUGGGUGCAGUUCUGGCGGAGUGGCACCCGCCUGCCUGACAACAUUGAGAAGAACUUCAGCCGGGUGGGCACGGUGGUGGUGCUCUGCGCCUUCACCCUCCUCUACGCCAGCAUCAACAUGUUCUGCUGGUCGGCCGUGCAGCUCAAGCUGGCCGACCGGGACCUCAUCGACAAGUCGCAGAACUGGGGCCGCCUGGCCGUGUACUAUAUGGCCCGGCUGGCAGAGAACAUGGCCCUCGUCAUCCUCUGGUACUUCUUCAAGACGGACGUCUACGAGAACAUCUGCACCCCGCUGUUGGUGGUGCAGCUGCUCCUCGGCUACUGCCUGGGCAUCUACUUCAUGCUCCUCUUCUUCCAGUACCUGCACCCCUGCCGCCAGCUCUUCCAGCACAACGUUGCCGACUUUCUGCACUGCGUCUGCUGCCACCGGCACACGCCGGGGACCCCCCUGCACCUCCAGGCACCCUACGAGCCCGGCGUGAGGCACAGCAUUGUCUGAGGCACAGCCAGCACCUGGCUCUUCCAGCUGGCUGCGGACAUGGGGAUGGGCAAUGCUGGGCUGUGCUGGAGGUCGGAGGGGGCUCAUGGCACAAGCUGUGCCAGAGGCAGGUGCUCCCGGGCCCUGCAGUGACAGCGGGUCUCAGUGCGUCCCCGCGGUGGCAGGGGGACAGGAGUGCGCCCGCCUGCCCAGGACCGCACGUGCGGACACAGAGGACUUGUGGGGUGCCCAAACCACCUGCUGCUGCAAGCUGGCUGCCGUGUGGUGCACAGCCCCUGGGGUGCCCCGACACCCUUGACCACCCACUGCAGUACAUACAGUGACCUUGGGGCCACAGGUGAUGGCAAGACUGUUUUAAGCAGUAAAGAAACUUUGCUGUAGCUGCACGUCUGGGUGCUGGCGGGUGGCCGGUGACUCAGGCAGAGGGUGGGGACUGUCCCGCCGGGGCUGGCGUGGAUGCGCACACCCGCUGCUGCCCACGUAGCCCUCGCGCUCAUGGGUGCCAAGGCAGGGCUGUGCCAGCAGGAAGCGGGGAUGCAGAGAGCCCUGUGGUGGAGCCGAUAAGCUGCUGGAGCAUGGCGGGACGGGGGCUGGCCUCAUCCUGCACUUCCGCCAGCAUGGCCCUGGCUGCAGGCCAGCAGCCAACAGCAAGGAGUAGCCUGCCCAACCAGUUCCUCCAGGCCUGAGGCUCCAGCACCAGCUGCUGUUCCCAGCAGGAGCGGUGGGUGCCGCAGCUCUGGGCACCCAGCUCAAGAGCGGAGGGCGGGCAGGAAGAGGAAGGGUGGCUGGCACAGCGAUGGUGAUGCUGAUGGGACCCAGGAACCCUCACCCCAAACCAGGAGUGUGAUGUUACCCCCCCCCCCAAAACCAUUUGUGGGGUCAGCUCAGUUUGGAGAGUGCUGGGUGCCAUGCUGAGGGUGCUGAGCACCCCAGGGGUAUCUGUGGAGGUGCGGCAUCACUGGUGCUCCGGCGCUGGGCUCUCAGUCUUAAUUCACCCUCCCUGUGUUGCAUCUCCAGGCUGGAUCCUGGCACCGGCGCAGUGCCACGUCCCUGGGAUGCUUCUCCCUUGGUGGUUUUCUUGCCAAACAGGGGCAGCAGAGGCUGGCAAGGGAUGCCAGGGAGGCUGGUGAGGGGCAUGUCUGCUGAGCCAGGCACAGGAGGAACCCUCCACAACUUCCUCCCACCAGGAAAUUCCUACCUUAAAAAAAAAAAAUAUCUCUUUUUUGUCCUCAAAUAUUGCAAAAAAACAAGAGGAGCAGCCCAAUGCCCUGCCGUGCCUGGCCGUGGGGCUGCAGGAGACCCCUCCAUGGGGAGCCAUGCCCGGCUUGUGCAGGGGGCUGUUUCGGGGCCAGCAGUGGGGUCAGCCCUGCCUUCCUGGAAGGUGGCCUUUGAAACUGCCCAGCAUUUCCUCAAAGGCUUCUCAGGGGAAAGUCCCCACGGUGCCGUUCCCACGGCUGGGGCUGCCCCACUGCCUGCCGUCUCCAUAAAACGGCGGGCAGCAGCAGGCAGUGGCAGGCGCAGGCAGGCACAGGCAGGCGGACACAGGAACGUCACACCAUGAGCAACUGGCUGGUCAAUCACUGGUUCUCAGCCACCGU